AUGUGGUACGAGCAGAUCUAUUCGGGCCUGAUAACGGUCGGCUGCGUUGCGAUCACCGUGCUAACGAUGCUGCCAGUGAAUCUCAUCGAAACAGGCCACCGGCAUCGUCGCGACAUGACAAACUACAGGAUCCUGCUGAAUAAGCGUGACUGGAAUUUGACUGGAAAUAUGUACAAAGUGAAGGGGCUCGAGUCGGUUCCGCCCAAGUCGUCUUGA